GGCAAAGUAGGCUUCUGAUAGCCUGCAUAGUCUGCAAGUCUUAAGCGUCUGGGCCUGCUUCCGGUAGUCUUGGCGGACGCUGCUGCUCAGGUAGUGUGGUAUCGGUACUGGAGUUUGCUGAGCAUUUUCUAGACCCUAGUAAGCAUGGCGGCGGCAUUUCGCAAGGCAGCUAAGUCUCGGCAACGGGAACAUCGAGAACGAAGCCAGCCUGGCUUUCGAAAACGUCUGGGUUUGCUGGAGAAGAAGAAAGAUUACAAACUUCGUGCAAAUGACUAUCAUAAAAAGCAAGACUUCCUCAGAGCUCUCCGGAAGAAGGCUCUGGAAAAGAAUCCAGAUGAAUUCUACUAUAAAAUGACUCGGGAUAAGCUCCAGGAUGGAGUUCAUGUCAUCAAGAAGGCCAAGGAAGAAGUGACACCGGAGCAGCUAAAGCUGAUGAGAACUCAGGACAUCAAAUACAUAGAGAUGAAAAGGGUCGCAGAAGCCAAGAAAAUCGAAAGACUGAAAUCAGAGCUCCACCUGCUGGAUUUCCAGGGGAAGCAACAGAACAAGCACGUGUUCUUUUUUGACACCAAAAAGGAAGUUGAACGGUUUGAUAUUGCAACUCAUUUGCAAACGGCCCCAGAACUGGUCGACAGGGUCUUCAAUAGACCCAGGAUAGACACCUUGCAGAAGGAGAAAGUGAAAGGCCUUACCCCUCAGACUCGGCUCAAGAGGAUAGCUAAAGAAAGACAAAGGCAGUAUGAUUGCUUGACGCAGCGAAUUGACCGGGAAAAGAAGCUGUUCGUGGUUGCACAGAAAAUCCAAACCCGCAAAGAUCUAAUGGAUAAAACUAAGAAGGUGAAGGUAAAGAAAGAAACAGUGAACUCCCCGGCUAUUUACAGAUUCCAGACUCGCCGAAAACGUUGAUACGUUAAAAAUAAACCUCAUCAUUCUGCAUUGAAAAGAACUUUUUUCCCCUUUUGCAACAAUUUCGGAUUUCAUUAGUUCAGAUGCCUUGAUUUUCUUUUUUGUAAUCAUGACUUAUUGUUAACCUGCUAUUUGAUAUCUAUGAGAACAUUAAAACCCAUUCCCCAAUA